AUGCCCAAACGCAGUAACCCUUUUGGGGAUCACUCGACUCUUCAGUUGAAAACUUGUAUGCAGGGACAGGAAGUUGUCAACGGAGUUUCUCAACAGAAAAACACACAUUCAGCCUACGCUUGCCAUAACUGUAGAGAGGCCAUGCCAUUCCAUGCUGUGAUGAAAUGUCAGAUGUGUGAAAACUACAUCUGCUGUCACUGCGUGCGGCAGUGUGCCAGCUGCCAUCUACAUUUUUGUCAUCUGUGUUUUGUUGUCAGUUAUGGUCAGUCUACGGAACGGGCUAUUUGCUUCAAAUGUCAGGGAGGUUAA